AUGAAUGAGGAUGGUGGUCAUCAUAAUGAGUUAGUAGUAGAUUUGCCUUUUUACUAUAAUACUCAUGUUGCAAACCCAAUAAUGCCGCUUGUCUCUCCUCCGCCUUAUAGUGAAAUAGAUUUUUCAUUGCUAACGGUUGAUCCAUGGUCAACACCACAGUGUAGUUCAAUGUGGGAUCCAUUAAAAGAGUUUGAAUUAGGAAUAAUAUUCUCAUCUAGAGAGGAUGUCCAAAAAGCUGCCAAAGAAUAUCAUUUACAUAGGCACCAUGAGUUUUGUAAUGAGGAGACAAAGAGUAGAACAUAUGCCAUCAGGUGCAAAGACACAACGAGCAAUUGUAAGUGGAGAUUGCGUGCCUCACGAGGGAAAGGAAGUGAUAUAUGGAAAAUGACGCGAUAUAAUGGACCACAUACAUGUGUUAAUCCAUCACUGUCACAAGAUCAUAAGCAAUUGGAUAGCAAAUUUAUAUCUGAUUUCAUUCUCGCUAUUGUACGUGAACAACCCAAUGUGAAGAUAGGAGCGUUACAGUCUGAAAUAAAAGAUAAGAUUGGAUAUAUGCCAAGUUAUCGAAAGACCUGGAAGGCUAGGCACGAUGCAAUUAUUAAGAUCUUUGGUGAUUGGGACGAAUCUUACGGAAGGUUGCGACAAUUUAUGCUUGCUUUGUGCAAACAGAACCCUGAAAGUAUGUUCUUGAUUGAAGAUGAUCCUUUUUUUGUUAAUAAUAGAUUAGAUCCUGCUUAUCGGGUUUUCGAUAGAAUGUUUUGGGCAUAUAAACAAACAAUAGAAGGAUUCAAGAACUGUCGACCGGUUAUAUUCAUAGACUCAACUUUUUUAUAUGGAAAGUACAAAGGAUGUUUAUUUUGUGCAACAACACUUGAUGAUAGACAUAUUGCCAUAAAAAAGGCAAUGAAUCAAGAUUGGUGGCAGCCUCCUGCUGGGCAUCAUCGAUACUGCUUAAGACAUAUCAUCAGCAAUUACAACACAAAGUUUAAGAAUACUAAUAUGAAAGAAGCUCUCCGAAAGGCAGCACAACAAUUGGAAAAAAAAAAUUUUUAUGAGGCCAUGAACACAAUCAAGAAUGAGCAUCCUGAUACAUUUGAAUGGGCUACAAAGAUACCUUUGGAAAAAUGGACACGUUCUCAUGAUGGAGGGAAACGUUAUGGCUCCAUGACAACUAAUACUGUUGAGUCUGUUAAUGGAAUACUCAAAGGGAUCCGUGCUUUACCCAUAACUGCAAUGGUAGAAAAAAUAUUUUUCCAGUGUGUUGAUUAUUUUGACACACGCCGCACGACCCUCCGUGAGCAACUGCAAAUGGGCUUCAAAUUUACACCAGCAUGUCGUCAAAUAUUACUUGACAAUUUAAAUGAAGCAAGCUCAUAUAAUGUCCGAAUCUUUAACCGCGAUUGUGGUGAAUUUGAAGUUUGGAAGGGAAGAUCUGAAACGAAGCAUGUGGUCAAACUUGAUGAAAGGCAAUGCACAUGCAAGAAGUUUGAAGAAAUAUGCAUUCCAUGUUCUCAUGUGAUUGCCGCAUGCCAAGCAAUGUCAAUUAAUUAUGAGCAAUACGUUUCAAAUUAUUACACAUUGGAGCAAACACUUAAGUGCUAUGAGUGGCAGUUUCAUGCUCUUGGACAUCCUGAUGAUUGGCCAACAGAUAAUUAUCCAGUUCUUCUACCUGACCCAACCUGCAAAGGUCUAAAGGACGACCAAUUUCACAAGGAAGAAGAAUGA